AUGAAUCCAUACAUCUACACCACUGGACGCUGGUUGAACAAUGACCAAUUACAUCGCGACGCACGUCGCGUGGACUUUGACUUCGCUGCGCUCUGCGGAAGAGCCGUAAGCGUGUGCACUGGGGCGACGAAAGUUGUUCGUUACGAAAAAAAAGAGGGCGGCUUCAACAGGGCCUUUCUUUUGUGGUUAGACAAUGGAAGUUGCCUUGUUGCAAGAGUGCCCUAUCGCGUUGCUGGUCCGCGACGAUUGAUCACGAACUCCGAAGUGGCCACAUUGGCUUACAGUAAGCUCAUACUCGUAGUACGCUCGUUCACAAAGAUCCCUGUACCCAAAGUCCUUAAUUGGAGCGACGAUGAUUCUUCAAUCGGUACGGAAUUCAUCAUCAUGGAACAUGCUCCGGGAGUACAACUACAUGAAAAGUGGCCUUCCAUGUCCCCUCACCAACACAUGUUGUGCGUAAAGAACGUGAGUCUUAUGAUGGUCGAGAUGGCCAAGCUUGCAUUCCCAGUGUACGGAAGUCUGUACUUUGCCGACGCACCCAUCGCGCAGAGCCUGAAGUCCGAAUUUAUUGAAGGUUUUUGUAUUGGACCACAUUGCGGUCCGCAGUAUUGGAACUCCAAUGCUGGAGAGACCAGGUUCUAUCAAAGAAAGCCCCCAAACAGAGGCCCUUGGAUUGAUCUUGAGUCAUACUGCUCUGGCCUAAUCGACACCGGUUUUUCACGCAUUCCAAACGAUGAAGAUCCACAAGCAAACAUACUCGCAUAUCGCGGUUCUGUCCAGGAACAUCUCCACCUGUUAGAAGUCAGUAGCAGAGUUAUUAUGGAAUUGGCACAAAUCUCAAUCAUCAGGAAUGUGGCGAUUCCGACUUUGCUUCAUCCAGACAUUCACAAACGAAACAUUUUCGUUUCUGCGGAGGAUCCUUCCCAGAUUACCGCAAUCAUCGACUGGCAAUCUACCAGUAUCGAGCCGGCAUUUGUUUACGCCAACCUUACGCCUGAUUUCAUCGAUCAUCCAGCUGCUCGUGUUCGAGUCUUGGAACAGAUCAUGGAGGGUGAAGCGCCAGAUAUGAAGCCCUCGAAGGAUGUAUCGAUGAAAGACCCAGAAGUAGAGGCCGCAAGGAAGCGUUACGAAAAGGACGUUUCAGUUUGCCAACAAACAUACGAGAUUGUUUUGCGAGGCUUCGCGCCGAAACUGUACAAUGCAAGAGUCAUGGACGAAACACUCCUCCGGCUAUUUCGAUACUGCGACACAUCGUGGAGAGACAGCGCAGCAGCUUUGCGACAAGAGCUUAUUGGCAUCUCACAAAGAUGGACAGAACUCGGUCUUCCUGGCACUUGCCCGUAUCAACCGACGCCUGACGAGCUUCGCGAGCACGAGAAGCAAUUCGAGGAUUUCGAAACCACCCAGCAUUUGAGGCUAUUUCUGAAGCGCGCGCUGCAUGCUGAGUCAGAUGGGUGGGUUGCUGCUGAUGAAUGGCCUGAAAAGGCAGCAGAUAAUGCAAAGUUAUACGGCGAGUUCUUGGAGAGUGUGAAGGAGUCCGGGGGCAGUGAGGAACGUGCUAGAGCUCUUUGGCCGUUUGGUGAGUACGGCAGCGCACGGCAGGAAGAAAUCUCUACCCUGUAA